UGGUAACCCCCACCUGUAAAAAAAAUAAUGGCGAUAGCUUCUUCAGUAUUGUAUUUUUUAUAUAUUUUCUAAAUACGACUAUAAAUUGUUAAUAAUAUAAGUUUGUUAGAUAUACAGUUAUUAAAUAUAAGUGUUAACUAGUUUAGUGUGAUGUUAUUGAAUGGUAAAAAUGUCUGAAGACUCCUGGAAACUAGAGAAGGAUCUAUGCCGCUGUUGCCAUUCCGAGGGUGCGUUUAAGAAUCUCUCGGAGACUUGUCCUGACGACGGUCUGGAGGUGUAUUCCGACAUGUUACAGUUCGCCCUAAACAUAAAUAUGUCCCCAGUGGCCGGUGUGCUAUGUUUCGUCACAUAUACGAUAUGCGAGCAGUGUAUAGACAGGUUGCGAGAUGCAGUCAACUUCAAACGACAAGUGCAGCAGUGCGAGGACAGAUUUCGAGAUAUGUAUGACAGAGACAUAAUCAAAGUUGGAGAUUCGAAUGUGAAAUUAAAACAAGAAUCACCGGAACUAGAUGCAGAAGUUGCAGAUAAAAACACAGAUUUUCCACACAUGGACACUGAUGACAGCGAUGACUUCCCAUUGAAUUAUGAGGCCGAUAAUAGAAGUGAAACAGACGUAAAAAAAGAGGUGAUAAGCAAGAGUAAAUCAAAGAAGACUAAACCUAAACAGACCAAAUCGAAGAAGAAAACAGAGCAGACUAAGAAGAAUGAAUCGGGAGAUGCGGGCAAGAAAGGUUCCGACGUUGACGCCUACAUAACAGUGACAGACAAACACAAACAGUAUAUGUGCAAGGCUUGCGACAUAUCAUACAAACGGAUAUCAGACCUUAGGUACCACGUCAUCCGAACACAUCUCAAAAGAAAGUUCAUUAAAUGCAAACUCUGCCCUGAUACGUUUAUGUACCACAGUCAAAGAAAAGACCACAUGUGGAAGUACCACACGCAUCAGAAACCAGAAUAUUUAUGCGGGGAGUGUAACCGUAAGUUUCGGAGGAAAAACACAUUAGCUGAGCAUAUGAUGGAUGUGCACAUAGAGAAGAAAUGCUCAAAUUGCGAUCUGAAGUUCGUGAGGAAGAAACUCCUCUUUCAUAUGAACGAAGUUCACGACGCACCAAUACCAACGUGCGGAAUCUGUGGGUUGCGAACCCUACUACAGAGCGCUCUCGUUCGUCACCAGAGGAAUGUACAUUUAAACGAAAAGGACAAAAGAUGUUCUAUUUGUGAAAAGGCGUUCUACACGCAAUCCAAUUUACAAGACCACAUGAUCACUCAUGAUCAGAAUAGAGUUUUUAAUUGUGGUGUUUGCGCUAAAACAUUCGCUAGGAAGGAGUGCUAUAGAGCUCAUUAUCGGAUACACACGGGAGAGAGACCGUUUGCAUGUAAUUUGUGUAAUGCAGCGUUUGUACAAAGAACGAGUUUGAGGUUUCAUAUGAAGAGUCAUCAUCCAGAUAAAGUUGUUUGUAAAAAAACUCGUGUAUAACUAAUUUAUUUAUUCUUUUUCACACAAAUACAUGGCGAACUUAAUGCCUGAUGACAUUCUCUACCAGUCAACAGUCACGUUGGUCAGAGAUAAUGAGGCCGUGCACUUUAAUCAAACUAAUAUUAUAAACGUAAAACAUGUGAGUAUGGAUGGAUGUUUGUUACUCUUUCACGGAAAAACUAUUGAACGGAUUUUGUUGAAACUUUACAGUAAUACAGCUUAUACAUUAGAAUAACAUAUAGGCUGUAAAUUUCACGCGAGUGAAACCGCGGGCACAGCUAUUAUAGUAUAAACAGCUAUAUAGGUUAUAAUUCAAUAAGAUAUUGUUUGGGAAACUACUCUGCUACCAAAAUGUUAGGGAAUUUACUCUCUGUAUAUAUAUAGUGAAAAAUUAGUGGAAGCGUCAGUCACGUACCUGUAGGGUUCUGCGAAUUUCUUGGGCUUCAGGGUCUCGAAGAUAUCUUCGCUAGCUUUCCAGUUUCACAGUAGGUUUCACAGUUCUAAUUUAUUUUAAUUCACAACACAAUGCGCGCGCGUCAUGGCCGCCGUACAGUCGGUUCAGUACUAGGUAAGGGAGGGGAAGGGAAACCGCGGGAACACAAACUAACGGACUCUAAUAUAAUAAUCUGUGCUUACGAUGGUACAGGGUAGAUUUUGAACAGAUAUGUAUAUUGGACGAAAUAUAAUGGUAAUGUCAAGUGUGACGCAGAUGAAGUUGCGCAGGUCAGCUAGUCAUUAAUAUAAAAAAAUACAGAAAAUAAUAUAAAUAUAAUAAUAAUCAGGGAUGUCAGGGAGCUCCGUAACCGUAACCGAAUCCGAAAUAAAAGUUUCGGAUAAUAUCGGAUAGGGGCGGAGCCUAAUAGAGACACGUUAUGUAACUAUUUUAUUAGCUAUUUGUAUUUUACUUAUGAAAUUCC